AUGUCCGCUGAAGAACAAGUCCGUCUCGAUAACUUUGACUCCAUCUUCUCCCUCGAUGGCAAAGUCGCCGUCGUCACCGGCGGUUCAAGAGGCCUCGGUCUCCAUGCUGCCAGCGGCCUCCUCCAAGCGGGCUGCUCAAAGGUCUAUAUUACCUCCCGCAAAGCCAAAGCCUGCGACGAGGCCGUUGCCGCCCUGAAUGCCCUCCCCAAUAAACGUCCUGGCGCGGUAGCCAUUGCUGUUCCCGCCGACAACGCGCGCAUGGACGACCUGGACCGACUUGUCGCCGAGGUCAAGAAGACAACGGAUCACGUUGAUAUUCUCUUUGCAAAUGCGGGUGCUACCUGGGGCGAGCGCUUCGAAAAGUAUCCCGAGCCUGCUUUUUCCAAGGUGAUGGAUCUGAACGUGAAGAGUGUGUUUUAUUUGGUGCAGAAGUUUGCCCCCCUACUCACGGUCAAAGCGACCCGCGACUCGCCCUCGCGCGUCAUCGUCACCGGCUCCGUGGCCGGCAUCGGGGUCGGUUCCCUCGGCGAGAAUGCCACCUUUGCCUACUCUGCGUCUAAAGCGGCCGUGAUUCACCUGGCCAAGAACCUGGCGGUGGAGCUGGGGCCGCGCGGCAUCCUGUGCAAUGCGAUUGCCCCGGGCUUCUACCCGUCCAAGAUGGCCAAUGGGUUGAUCGAGAUGCAGGGAGGCAUCAAGCAGAUGGAGGAGCACUCGCCCAACCGGCGCCUGGGGAGGCCGGAGGAUAUUGCUGGGUUGGUGGUAUUCUUGUCUAGCCGUGCAGCCAGUCAUUUGAAUGGGGCUGUGAUUGUGACUGAUGGAGGGGCCGUACUGAAGGGAAGACUAUAG